CUGCUACACUCCCGACGUUUUCACUUCCUUUUCCAGGAGACUUCGACUUAGUUUUAACGCCUGAUGUGAACUACAUGACCCAGCGGUCACCACGGCAGGUUGAUUUCCGGGCCAAGAGGUCCGCGCUGGAUACAUCACCAUGGAAGCAAUGGGUUUGGUCACGUGGUACCCCUGGUUACGGGUGGUAGCCGCGGGGUCGGGGGCUUAGGCAGGGGCCAUUUUGCCUAAGGCUUCCGAAGUUGGGGGCGGCCGGGCACCUGGCUGAAGCUGCUGCUUUUCCUCCUUUGCAGCUUGGGACUUGGAGAGGGACAAGAAGGUUGGGCUCCAUCAAGCGCUUUGGAGACGAUGGUUCCCUCCAGCCUCCACCUCCUAACGACCCUUCAUGGCGGCUGCGCCCUCCGCGCUGCUCCUGCUGCAUCCCCUUCCACCCCAAUGUUCCUAUCACCCUCAGAGCCGCAGUCUUCCUUCCGCUCCAGAGACUGAUGUAAGUCGAGGUGGGGGCACCAUGAGAGACGGGAAAAAUUACUGCUGCCCCGGAGCUUCAGGAGACCAUAGUUCCUGUCCUCCUACACCUUCGCCUCUGGCCUCAACCCUUUUGAUGCCCGCAGAGGCAAUCUCAAGUAGUUGGAAUGGGUCUGGAGGUAGUUUGUCAGGGGGAGAUGAAGAGGAAAGUCGGCUCCUUCAACUCUUCCGGACCGCGCCGGAUCCUUCUGAGGCCUUCCAGGCUUUGCAGGCUGUUUUGCCGCGGCGGGGUGGUCGGCUUGGCUUCCCCAGACGGAAGGAAGCCUUGUAUCGAGCCCUGGGUCGAGUGCUUGUAGAAGGAGAUAAUGAUGAGAAACGACUUUGCUUGCAACUCCUCUCGGACGUUCUUCGGGGUCAGGGGGAGGCAGGCCAACUAGAAGAGGCCUUUAGCUUAGCACUUCUGCCUCAAUUGGUUGUCUCUUUACGGGAAGAGAAUCCAGCCCUGCGGAAAGAUGCGUUGCAGAUCUUACACAUAUGUCUGAAACGUAGUGCUGGACAGGUGCUGAGAACACUUAUACAGCAAGGAUUGGAAAGUACUGAUGCCCGGCUUAGAGCUUCCACAGCGCUCCUGUUCCCUAUCUUGCUUACUACUGAGGAUUUGUUGCUCGGCCUAGAUCUUACUGAGGUGAUAAUAUCCUUGGCCCGAAAGCUUGGCGAUCAGGAGAUAGAAGAAGAAUCUGAGACAGCUUUCUGUGCACUUCAACAAAUUGGGGAGCGACUUGGCCAAGAGAAGUUUCAGUCCUAUAUCUCUCGCCUGCCGUCUGCCUUGAGGAGACACUACAAUCGCCGCCUGGAGUCCCAGUUUGGCAGUCAGGUUCCCUAUUAUUUGGAACUUGAAGCCUGUGGUUUUCCUGAAGAUCCCCUUCCCUGUGCAGUGACCACUUCCAACAGCAAUUUUAAAUUUGGAAUUAUUCCUCAGGAGCUUCAUUCAAGAUUGUUAGAUCAGGAAGACUAUAAGAACCGGACUCAGGCUGUUGAGGAAUUAAAACAGGUGAUGGGACGAUUUAACGUUAGUUCUACCCCACAUUCUAGCCUUGUCAGUUUUAUUAGCUUGCUCUAUAAUUUGUUAGACGAUUCUAACUUCAGAGUGGUCCAUGGCACACUUCAGGUUCUGCAUUUAUUGGUUAUUCGCCUUGGAGAGCAGGUACAACACUUCUUGGGACCAGUUAUAGCAGCUUCUGUCAAAGUGCUGGCAGACAACAAGUUGGUGAUCAAACAAGAGUACAUGAAAAUCUUCCUCAAGCUAAUGAAGGAAGUAGGUCCUCAACAGGUGCUUUGUUUACUCCUUGAACAUCUCAAACAUAAGCAUUCCAGAGUGAGGGAGGAGGUGGUGAAUAUUUGCAUUUGCUCCCUCUUGACUUAUCCCAGUGAGGAUUUUGACUUACCCAAACUGUCUUUUGAUCUUGCCCCAGCUCUAGUAGAUAGCAAACGCAGGGUUCGCCAAGCAGCUCUCGAAGCCUUUGCUGUGUUGGCAUCAUCAAUGGGCUCAGGUAAAACCAGCACUCUUUUCAAAGCUGUGGAUGCUGUUGAACUACAAGAUAAUGGAGAUGGAGUGAUGAAUGCUGUGCAAGCCAGAUUGGCUAGGAAAACCCUCCCAAGGUUAACAGAACAGGGAUUUGUAGAGUAUGCGAUACUCAUGCCAUCAUCUGCCCAGGGUAGGUCAAGCCAUUUGGCACAUGGAGCAGAUACAGACUGGCUUUUGGCUGGUAACAGAACUCAGAGUGCGUACUGUCACUGUGGUGACCACACAAGGGAUAGCAUGCAAAUUUAUGGAUCUUACAGUCCAACUGUUUGUACCCGAAGGGUUUUAAGUGCAGGAAAAGGAAAAAAUAAAUUACCGUGGGAAAAUGAGCAGCCUGGAGUCAUGGGCGAAAACCAGACCUCCAAUUCCAAGGAGACAGAACAGUUUUCAGCAUAUGAUUUCAUCCCAUCUUCAAAAUUAAAGCCCUCCCAAGGAAUGCCAGACAGUGAUGAUUUAUGUUUUAGCAGAAAAAGAGUAUCAAGAAAUUUAUUUCAAAACAGUCGGGAUUUUAACUCAGAUUCACUUCCUGUAUGUGCUGCUGGCACUACUGGAGCGCAUCAAACAAAUCUUUCUGAGAAAUGUGGACAGCUUGGAUUUUCACAGAUACGUGAAACUGGAAGUGUGGAUUCUGAUUUACAGUACCUGGGGACAGCUAACAGUCAUCAAGAUAAAGUGUAUCCUAGCCUAAAUUUUGGCAGUAAGACACAGCAAACAUUUGGUAGUCAAACAGAACGUACUUCAUCAUACUCUGGCCCAAAUCCAAGUCCAGGAGCCUACAUCCUUCCAUCCUAUCCUUUCUCAUCACCUCGAACCAGCCCAAAACACACAUCUCUUACUGUAUCUCCAAAGAAGUCUCAGGAUAAUUCUGUUAAUUUCUCAAAUUCCUGGCCUCUUAGCUUUGAAGGAAUAUCAAAACCAAGUCCUCAGAAAAAGGUUGUCAGCCAAAAAUCAUCUGGCCCCACAGGAAGAAAUGAUGGAGAAAAUUCUCAAGACAAACCUUCUCCAGUUCAACUUACACCUGCUUUGGUGAGAUCACCAUCCUCCCGACGGGGCCUGAAUGGGACUAAGCCUGUCCCUCCCAUACCAAGGGGAAUCAGCCUUUUGCCUGAUAAAGCCAAUUUAAGUACAGUGGGACCCAAAAAGAAAGAGUCUGAUGAUAUUUGGAAGAAUGAGAAAGAUAGUCUUAAGAUUGAUCUUUCAGAAUUAAAUAUCAAGGAUAAAGAUUUGGAUCAAGAAGAGAUGCAGAGCUCUCUUAGGUCCCUUCGUAACAGUGCAGCUAAGAAAAGAGCAAAACUGAGUGGCAGUACUUCUGAUCUUGAAAGCCCUGAUUCUGCAAUUAAGCUCGACUUGACUGUGGAUUCUCCAUCUCGGUCUUCCUCUCCAAACAUCAGCUCUUACAGUGAAAGUGGAGUUUAUAGCCAAGAAUCAUUGACUUCUUCUCUGUCUACUACUCCCCAGGGAAAGAGAAUAAUGUCAGAUGUAUUUCCAACAUUUGGAUCAAAACCUUGUGUAACAAGACUUUCUUCUGCAAAGAAUAAAAUCUUCCAGAUAGCUGAACAAAGCCCCUCUAUAGGGAUUGCAACAACCAAUGUAAGCAUAAUUGGUCAGCGUAUGAACUCGGGGUUUGGAUGUGGUGAUUUUGAAGAUAAUAGGCCAUAUGACAUUUCAUCUAGUGUUUUAAAAAUACAAAAUAAGGAACACCCAAGACAUAAGCAUACAAAAGGAUUUACAGGGUCAUCAUCAAAUUUACAACAAAUUUCCAGUUCUGACAUCACAUCUACAAAUACCUUAUCAGAAGAUUCAGUAGUAGUUGUUGGAAAAGGUGUAUUUGGAAGUCCAAAUUCAGCACCAGCAACCUGCAGCCAAUCAGUGAUAUCUUCUGUGGAAAAUGGGGAUAAAUUUUCAGUUAAACAAAAUAUUGAACCACCAUCAGGGAUUUAUGGAAGAGCAGUUCAACAGAGUAUUCCAUCGUAUCUUGAUGUUGAGAAUGAAAAAGAUAUCAAAAUCUCCGUUUCAAAAUCUACUUUUGACAAGAUAAAACAAAAAAGAAGAGAGGAAAAAAAAGAACCUUUUGACAUUAAAGAUUGUGAAAAGAAGGAACAGAAUCCUGGGGGACAAAUGAAACAUAUAGGAACUGAGAAAAUGGCAUCUGAAAGUGAAGCAUCUCCUGCAGCCAUUCCACAGUAUAAAGAAAGGAUGCCUUCUGUCACUCAUAGUCCAGAAAUAAUGGAUUCGUCAGACCUACGACCAUUUUCCAAACCAGAAAUAGCACUGAUAGAAGCCCUGAAGCUUUUGGCUGAUGAGGAUUGGGAGAAGAAAAUUGAGGGACUGAAUUUUAUUAGAUGCUUAGCUGCUUUCCAUCUAAUAUUGAACACAAAGUUGCAUGAAACAAAUUUUGCAGUAGUUCAAGAGGUGAAAAAUUUACGCUCUGGAGUUUCUCGAGCUGCUGUGGUGUGUUUAAGUGAUCUUUUCACUUAUCUGAAAAAGAGCAUGGAUCAAGAACUAGAUACUACAGUGAAAGUUUUGUUGCAUAAGGCAGGAGAAUCAAACAUUAUAAGAGAAGAUGUUGACAAAGCCUUGAAAGCUAUGGUCAGUAAUGUAACUCCUGCACGUGCAAUUGUUUCUAUCAAUGGAGGACAAAGCCAUUUACACACUGCAGUAAGAAGAUGUACAGCACAGCACCUAUCAGAUGCAUUGGAAUUUAUGGAACUGGAGCAUAUUUUAUCUGGAACAAAAGAUAUGGCUGAUCGUAUAUUACCAGCUGCUGCUAAGUUUGCUCAAGACAGCUCACAAGAAACCAGGUAUUAUGGUCGAAAGAUGCUUUUCCUCAUGAUGUAUCAUCCUAACUUUGAUAAAAUGCUGGAAAAGUAUGUCCCAUCUAAAGAUUUGCCAUAUAUUAAGGAAUCUGUUAAGAGCUUACGACACAAGGGUUUGGGUGAUUUACCACUAGAUACCCCUUCAGCAAAAGGAAGACGAUCUCAUACUGGUGGUGUUGGAAAUACAAGGUCAUCAUCUGUUUCUAGAGAUGUUUUCAAUUCAGCCGAAAGAGAGGUAACUGAAAUUCGUGAAGUCACCAGAAAAUCAUUUCCUCAUAAUUCCUUAGAAAGUGCUGAGUAUGUCAAAGUCAUAACAGGUUUAUUAAGCAAAGACUUUCGUGAUCGUAUUAAUGGGAUUAAGCAACUUUUAUCAGAUACUGAAAAUAAUCAAGAGCUUGUUGUUGGAAACAUUGUAAAGAUUUUUGAUGCUUUUAAAUCUCGACUUCAUGAUUCUAAUAGCAAAGUAAAUCUGGUUGCUUUGGAAACAAUGCACAAAAUGAUUCCUUUACUUAGAGACAACUUAUCUCCUAUAAUCAACAUGCUAAUUCCAGCAAUAGUUGAUAACAAUCUGAAUUCCAAGAAUCCAGGCAUCUAUGCUGCUGCCACAAAUGUUGUUCAGGCACUGAGUCAGCAUGUAGAUAAUUACUUGCUUCUGCAGCCAUUUUGCACAAAAGCUCAGUUUUUAAAUGGAAAAGCAAAACAGGAUAUGACCGAAAAGCUUGCUGAUAUUGUUAUGGAACUCUAUCAAAGAAAGCCCCAUGCGACAGAACAGAAAGUGUUGGUUGUUUUAUGGCAUCUCUUAGGGAACAUGACAAAUAGUGGCUCUCUGCCUGGAGCUGGAGGAAAUAUACGAAUAGCCACAGCUAAAUUAUCAAAAGCACUUUUUACACAGAUGGGCCAGAAUCUGUUAAAUCAGGCUGCAUCUCAACCACCACAUAUUAAAAAGAGUUUAGAGGAAUUGCUUAAUAUGACAAUUUGAAAUGAAUUAUGAAUCUUUUAUGAAAUACGGUAUGAUGAACAGAACUGUUUACAUGAUGACAAAUGGAACAUUUAAAGUUACAUUUUCAGUGCCUGUACUUCUCAUUUAGUAAGUUAAAUUAAUGGCUAUUUUUAUUUGUAGCCUGUAAGUAUACAUCUAUAUCAAACGUACCACUUGUCCCAUCAAACAAAAACCUAAAAUAAUUAAUAUACCUUAAUACUCAUAAAAUCUGAGUCACAGGAAGUGAAUCCAAUUUUAGUAUUUUUGAGUAAACUCCUGCUCAUUUGCACUGUUCUAUAGAAGUCACAAUUUGUUGCCCUGUAUGUACAAUAAGAUUUGUAAUUAAAAAAUAUACUUUUUUAUUGUGUAAUCAUGUUCUUCUAUGUCUCAUUACUCAACCUUAUUUUAUGAAGUGGAAGAAAAGUCAUUGAAUUAUGUUAUAUCACAAAGUUUUGUGUGCUAUUUGAAAAGUAUGUAUUUCUCAUAUCAGUCUGCUAAUAUGAUUGUGCAGUAUUAGCUUGCUGUUGAUGUUUUGUGUUGAUGUGAAACAUUUGCUUACCGCUUGGGUUUAAUCAUCUACAUAAUUGUGAAGCUUAACUAAUUAUAAUAAAGCAUGGUGACCAAAGUUUUAGAAAACAUUUAAACAUUUUAAAAAUGCACAUUAAAGAAAAUGUAUUGAAUGUAACUUCCCUGUUUUGGGGGCAAACACUAAAUUUUAUUUCUAUAUGUCCUGACAUUUAUAAAGGUGUUAUUUUGCUGCCCAGUUGUGUAAUUCUCAAAAAUAGUGCCAGGUCUUCUAUAGCUUUUCUCAGAAUUCUUGGGCUAUAAGUACUGUAUGCAUCUUAAAGAAAAGGAAUGUUAUAAAAUAAAAGGAUUUAUUUCUGUA